AUGAAGAGAAGGGAAAAGGAAUUACCGAACCCUGGGGCCUGUGUAGAGGAUAUUGGUAUGGAAGACCCUAAUGGUCACGACGAGGUAAAUUACUUAGCUUUUCGGCUCGAUGCCGCGUUGCACCUGCAGGAGGAACUCUCCGAAGACUCGCCUUCCAACAAGGUUCUGAUCAUUGCCCCGCACAACCAGGCUCUAGACGACUACGAGCUCGGUUUCAAGCGCACCUUGGAGAAGCAUGGCGCCCUGCCCAAGAUGUUCCCUCGAACGCCAGCAGGAAGAGCUUCCGACGCCUGCACGGCAACCCCUAUGUUCAACUCCACCAAGGACAUUUUAUCAUAUACCUUGCUGGCCUGCCCUAAGGCUUCCGCACAUCCUGUAUCCGUUGAUUUCUCCUAUAAUAGUUUCUACGGGCCCGGAGCCGAAUUUACCCGCUACGGCCCAGAAGAAAACCCCUACGAAAAGUUUCUUACCAAAGCCAUUAUGAAGCCAGGCCUCAACCAGAUGCUACAAGAUCCCCUCGAGAAUGAUGCGCUCAUCAAAGCGCGCCUGGUGUUGCUCGAGAAAACCAAACACGGUCACGCCCUUGUAGACCCCGUUGCGCAUAAAGCCGAAUAUUCGGACAUGAUGGAAUAUUAA